AUUUUGGAAAACAAAAUGCCACGGAAAAGGAAAACUGGUGGGAGUCCCUCUAGGAGAAAUGGGAAUUUUGACAGAACUCCUGUUGCUGUAUUCCAUCAAGGGGACCCAAGACCUUCAGAAUCACAAGCGAUGUACAGUGUCAAUAAGGAAGAGCUCUUCAACAGCAUGUCAGAAAUGUUUUCUGAUCUGGAUCCUAGUGUAGUUUAUAUGGUUUUGUCUGAAUGUGAUUUUAAAGUAGAAAAUGCCAUGGAUUACCUGCUAGAGCUGUCCACCCAUGCGAAAGGAGUGACAUCUUCAAAAAACUCAGGUUUUGAUUCAGUGCUGUCAUCAGUAGCUCUUGUUAAUCAGCAGAGGUCUGUCACAAAUGAAAGAGCGAGGGAAAGUACUGCAGAAGAAAAUAAUUCUGAAGAAACAGAAGAGCUCCUGUCACAUGAUGUACAGCUGACUGAAGAACUGGAUUCCUUAAUAGAGAAUGCUUUUGAGAGAUACAGCUUGAGUGAUGAAUUGCCUAAUUCUGCAAAUGACCAAUUCAUACAUAAACACACUGUGGAACAUGAUGGUUCAUGGAACCAUGGUGGUUUUAAUGAAUUUUCUGAGUGGGAAAAACCUGAUGCAGGUUGCAAUGCCUUGCUCUUUCCACAGCAAAUGGAGCCAAAUAAUGAAAAUUUAGAAAACUUCUGCUGUUCUCAGCCACCUAUGAGUGAGCUGAGCAUCCACACACAAGUUAGUUCACCAGCUGAAUUGGACCCUUUUGCACAGACACUGGGAGAUCCUGGUUUGUCAGAAACGCAUGUUCAUGAUGUAGCUCCAGAAAUGUAUAAGCAGUUGAGUGGAGACUUGUCAUGUGGAAAUUCUGAUCAGACACAAAAUACUGUUUCAGAGCAUGAAAGUGUGACCGCUCCUUCUGGUCAGUCCUCCCAGAGUCCUCUGGAAUUUAUAGUAGCUGCCGCUGAAAAUCCUAAUUCAAAGUGCCUGGAACAGCACAAAGAGGUAAUGACUGCCUGCAACAGCCACCAGAGCACUUUUCUCCUGGAGGUGAAUGGCUCUCUUGAAAGAUCCAGUUUAAAAACACCAAAACUUGCAGAUUUUCAGCAAUCUCAGCAGAGAUAUAACUUAAAUUUUUCUACUCCAUUAUGUCAAACUCAGCAACAUUGGAAUCUCAUGGCUCCUCAGUUUUAUCCGUCCAGUGGAAGUCACAGCUUUGUAACUCCUGUGGCUGUUAGUCCAGGCCAGUGGAGACCUAUUUCAGACUAUAAGACUUCUGAAACAAAAGGACUUUUUUUUUCCUCUCCAGUGGUUUCAAAUGCGUGGGAUAGCAAUCCUUCUUUGAAGGUAUGGGGAAAUCAAGACAGAAACUCAAAACUGAACCUCUCGCAAGCACAGCAGCCACCUGUCUGUCACGUGAUGAGAAAAAAGAUGCACCUUAUAGGUCAAGUACUUGUUCUUCUCAGAGGUGUUCCAGGAUCAGGAAAAACAUUUUUGGCAAGGGCUUUGCUUGAGGAUAACCCAGGUGGAAUCAUUCUUAGUACUGAUGAUUACUUUUAUAAACAUGGACAAUACCAUUAUGAUGCCAAUUGCUUGGGGGAAGCACAUGACUGGAACAGGAAACGAGCCAAAGAAGCAUUUGAAAAGAGCAUGUCUCCUAUAAUAAUAGACAACACAAACAUACAAGCAUGGGAGAUGAAGCCUUAUGUUGCUUUGGCUCAGCAGUUCAAAUACAAAGUCGUGUUCCGAGAGCCAGAAACUUGGUGGAAGUUUAAACCGAAAGAACUUGAAAGGCGGAACGUGCAUGGUGUAUCUAAAGAAAAGAUCAAAAGAAUGUUGGAACGGUAUGAACGCUGCCUUUCUGUUAGUUCUAUCUUGAAUUCUUCAGUCCCAGACAAAUCAGAAGCUGCUGGCUGGAGUGAAGAUUCUUGUCAGGAAGAGAGCUCUAGGCAGAGAGAGAGCCAUUCUGAGGUACAGGAAGAAAGACCUUUUGCUUCUAAACCGGAGCCUCUUGAAAUAGCUGAGGAUAAAAAACCCUUGUCUGCUGCUUCUUUAACAUUAGAUAAUAACUCUGCUCCUGAAUGUUUUCAGAAGGAGGAAAAAGAACUGGAAAAGAACUCAGUGGAAUGCAGUUCUGAGAACAACACUGUUCAAGAUUACUUGGAUAUUUACUUGUCAGGUUGUGAAGAAAAAGUACUGCCCUUGGAGAAAAAAGAGGAAAAAGGAGAAAAAACAGAAAGAAUUACUGAAACAGAAAUGGAUGAGGUUGAUGUGACCAGCUCUGAAGGGACUGUAUGUUUGCAAAUGCCUUUUUCUGAAAGAGUUGAACAUAGUGAUAACAGUGUUGUCAAAGUUCAAAGUGAAGUUGAACAAUAUAGUGAAAUCCACGCAGAACCAGAAUUAACACAAAGAAAUGAUGUAAUUGAACCAAGCAGUUCAGCUUUGGACACAGCAGGAAAACUAGAGUUACUGAACUUUGUGGGGGAUUGGCCUGUAGAACAAACAAUGGGACAGAGAGUCAAAAGACCUAGAAGAAUAGAAAAAUCUUCUCUGAAUCAGAGUGAUAAGGAAGGUAGAACUCCCAGUCAGUCUCUUCUUAAACUGGGUAAGGAACAAGCGGGCCUACCUGAUACCUGCACAGUUGAAAAAGGACUGGAGGAAGAAAAGUUGUCUGUUAGUUCAGAUAAAAUUGCACCAGAAUCGCAAAUGGCAGGACAUUGGCCUUUCUCAGGCUCUUUAGAACAGAGACAGCAAAGGUCAAGGAGAGUGAGAAAGACAAGUCUGAGUCAAUCAGAUGAGGGUAGAAAUACUAAAGGUGACAUUAAUAGAAAUGCUCUUGACACAGUAGAUGUGCUUCGUGGGACAACUGUGGACAGCUCGGAGCUGCAGGAUGCAAAGAGAUUGCAUUUUCACCAGCCUGAAACAGUAGCUAGUGAAACAGUCAGUGAGAAAAAAACCCAGCAAAAUAAGAGAAUGAGGAAACAUCACAAAUUAGCCCUCACUUUUACAAACAACAAUUUGCCUCCUCCCAAAGCAGAGGAGCAGUUGUCUGUGCUUAACUUGGCAGAAGAGAAACAUGACACAUGCUCAUGUAGACAAGCAAGUAGCCAUUCACAGACUGAGUCACAAGAUUUUGCUCUCCUGUGGAGAUUAGAAAAGAAAAUGCUUUUUCCUGAGGCUACCAAAGUGUUACAUGGCAGACUAGAUGGCUUCAAACCCAAAGAUGUAGAUAGUGCCUCAGACUCUCCAGAGAAAAUACCCUAUCGAGUUACGUAUGAUAAAAGUACAUUUGUGGAGGAAAGUGAACUUAUCAAUAUUGAAGAGUCUGAAAAAUUAAAUAUGCUGUGCAAGCUCUUCACGUCUUUUUCAUUUGAAGCUCUGAAAGACUUGUAUGAGAGAUGUAACAAAGACAUUGACUGGGCCACAGGUCUGCUGUUAGACUCUGAUGAGAAGUUAUGCAAAGAUGUUGAUACUGAAUGCUUGCAGGUAAGAGAAGCUGAGACAGUUGUCACAGACCUUGAUUUCGGGGCGAAUGCCAACUGUGGUGAAAAUCUCAAAAAUUCCAAACAAACCCAGCAAAUAAUUGGGGCUGAUGGUAUUUCUGAGCCUUCAGAAAACAAGAACUCAGCAAUCAGCAUUGCAGAAGGUAGGACUACCAAGGUAAUUGUGACAGAUGCUGAUAUAUCCGACUCGUUAACUGCUGUCUCUGUGAAUGAUUCAGUGGAACACAAAAAUUCCAGUGAUACAGCCCCUGGAAUUGAUGCAGUUAGCUCAGCAGCAGACAUCACUGAGCAGUCCGCUUCAGAAAUGCAGAAAACAGACGGGCAGCUUAUCAGUACUGUUGAGGAAACAAAAAAUAAUCAGUCAGGCUCUCAGCUUGAGGUAGGUUUGUGUGUACCUGUGACUUUACCUCAUGGUCUUAACAGAACUUCUACCAGUUUGAAAUUCAAAUUAAAUAGCGAAAGUGACAGUAACCCUUCAGAAAGCUAUGUGGAAAAUUCCAAAGUAAAUAAUACAACUGCUUUGUUGCUGGAAGUGGAUCAGACCCCUCAGAAGGCUCCUACAAGUGAUAAAGAACUGGAACCUGGUAAAGAAACCCAGUGGAGUUCCAGGGAGAUACUUGGUAAAGAAGAAAGUGAAACUCUAAAUUGGGAUGAAGAUAGAACCAAGAUACAAAGCCCUUUACCAGUACCGCCUGUAGCCUUCAAUAUAGAUUGCCUAGAGCUGACAUUGCCUCCUGAACUGGCGCUCCAGUUGAAAGAGAUAUUUGGGCCUGUUGGCAUUGAUGCAGGAUCACUAACUGUUGAGGAUUGUGUGGUUCAUAUUGAUCUGAAUUUGGCAAAAGUGAUUCAUGAGAAAUGGAAAGAAUCUAUUCUGAAGCGUCAGAGGAGAGAAGAUGAAUCAUGCAAGUUGUUUGCAGAAGGUCCCACUCUGAGUCAGCAGACAGAUACAGAUGACUCAGAAAUGCAGUUAUCUCAGAACACAGACAGUAAAAUGCAGAAGAAAAAAUCGAGCUGGGUUUCAGACUCAUCUGAUGAUGUUCAGACUAAAAAAUCAGCAACAUCAGAAGUUUUUCCUUUUAUGGAUCACUGGAACGCUCAGAUUCAGAAAGUUUCUCUCAGACAGAUAAUAUCUGAAGAAAUAGCCAUGCAGGAGAAGCAGGAUCUUAAACGUGUUCCUCCCAUGGCAAGAAAAGACUGUGCUGCCAAGCUAAAGGAGAAGCAACUUUUUGAGAUGUUUCCAACCAUUAAUCAAAAUUUCUUAAUGGAUAUCUUCAAGGAUAACAACUAUUCUUUAGAACAAACUGAACAGUUUCUGAACUGUGUUCUGGAGGCAGAUCCUGUACAAACAGUUAUAGCUCAAGAAAGCGUUCAGCAAAAUGAAACUGUUCCUUUCUACAGCGCUGCAAAGAACCGGGAGAAGAAGGGAAAAAAAAGUAAGGAAGAGGAUGAUGCUGUAAGUGAAAGGAUAUUCCAGGACUUUGAGUAUCCACAAUAUGAUGAUUUCAGAGCAGAAGCUUUUCUUCACCAACAAAGGAGGCAGGAAUGUUUGAAAAAGGCUGGGGAGGCCUAUCGCAUGGGUAUGAAACCUGUGGCAGCGUUUUAUGCACAGCAGGGUCGCCUUCAUGAGCAGAAGAUGAAAGAAGCCAACCAUGCUGCUGCUGUGCAAAUCUUUGAGAAAGUAAAUACUUCCCUGCUGCCUAUGAAUGUGUUGGAUCUGCAUGGUCUCCAUGUGGAUGAAGCUGUGAAUCAGUUGUCCAGAGUGCUGCAGGAAAAAAGUGAAGAGUACCAGCAGACUGGUGGUAAACCAUAUCUCUGUGUGAUCACGGGAAGAGGAAGCCAUAGCCAGGGAGGAGUUGCUCGCAUCAAACCAGCAGCUAUCAGAUACCUCACAAGCCACAACUUCAUGUUCACAGAAAUAAAACCAGGCUGCCUGAAAGUCAUGCUGAAUUGAAGUGUUGUUAUGAAGAGAAAAGGAGUAUAGAAACUGAGAUGUCAGAUUACAGCUAAAAAGUUUUUAAACAACUGCAAUAGUAUUUUGUCGUCUGUUUAAAGGAUGGUAUUUUAUUAGAAAUUGUUUCAAUUUACAGUAAGUUGUUUUGUCAGUGUGUUUCCAAGAAAAUUUUAAUGUCGAAUGGAUCUCUUGUAAAAAGAUGACACUUACAGGAUUUGAAGUCUCAGAAAUGCAGAUAAGAAUUCUGCUGAGGAGUAUAUAAUGUUUUAAAGGGAAAUUAAGGUACCAGUUUCAAAUAUAAUUGUCUUCUCAGCAUACGCAGCCUAUGACAAUCUCUUGACCCUCACACAUCUUGCUGUGGAUGCUUUUAAAACGUAGUACCUUGUAUGAAGUUGUCUUGUCAUUUAGAACUUUGUGCUAAACCCUUCAAAAGACACACGGGAGACAGGAUCUAAGCAACUACUGAUAUUUGAAAUCCAGUGACAGUUUAGUGCUAAAUACUCUAGGUUUCUUUCAAAAGUCUGAUGUAGUCUUUUUCAUGGUUAUUUUGUGAUAGAAUAGGCCAGUUCUGUUGUCUUUAUUCCACUGUAAACUAUUCCUGCAAUUCAUGGAAGUUGCAUAUAAAGGACUCUGCAUUAAGACUAGCUGUGUUUUAGGUGAUUCUACAGACUUACUGUGAUCCAUUAAGAAGGAAAAUGCAAUGUUGUAGUUCCAUCUCUACUUACACAUAGCUAAUACUAUAAUGUUAUAAUUUUGCAGGAAAUGCCUCAUUUUUUCAACAUCUGUGUGAUGAAAAGUUUUCUUCCAUUCCCUUUUCAAAUGGAGUAAAAUGAGUACCUUUUCAUUUUAUAGGUGUUUGUUUGUAAGUGAUGUCAUUUUUAGUCUGUGUGUAUUGUAUUUGGUACUGUCCUCGUAGAAAAUAUGAUAUUUGUCUGCAAGACAUUUUAAAUGUAUUUUUAACAUCAAAAUGAGUGCUAAUACUACAGUAGUAACUAACUGGAAACUCUGGGAGUAUAGAAGUUAUUCUACUGGUGAUAGUAUCACAUCAGCAUCUGGAAAUACCUAUUUUAAAAAAAACAAUUAAUAUGAGAACUUGUACUUCGGCAAGUGUUUCCAGGAAGCAGUCAGAACAUUUAUUUUCAUAGAACUGUCUUCUAGAAUGCAUUACUUCUUUAAUAAUAUAUUUGGCUGUUGGAAGAGUUCUUUACUAUAAACUAUUUAGUUUUUAAUGUAGGGCUUUGUUGUUCAGAACAGAUAUGAGUUAUGUAUUAGGAAUAAUAAUAGGUUGAGGAUUAAUGGGAGGGAUUUUAACUUUUAAACCACUUUUUCAAUAAAUCUUAUGCAGGAACUACAUGCACAGAGAAUUUGCAUAUGAAUCCAUAUGUGUGUGCAAGUCCUGCCAUUUGUGUGAAUAGGUAGUAAUAAGCAAGGAACUUCUGUGAGAAAAGCUGUGUACAGAAAUAGACUUCCCUUAACGUGUCAGAAAAGUUACUGACAAAGUGAAGGACAUGAUGUUUCCUGAAUACCCUUAUUCACUGUAAUAUAUACACAGUGACUGGAAUGUAUGGUAGACUUAAAAAUGAGCUUAUAUGCUUUAACAGAUGAAAUAAUCUUUCUGCAGUGAUUUCAAGUGGAAGAAUAGCUUGAAUAAUAUUUAGUCAAAGGGGCUCUUACUACAAUAAUAGACUUUUGUCAUAAGUUUUAUAUUUUCUGUGGGUACUUAAUUCAUCCACACUUUGUCCCUACUCUUUUUGUUUCUCUCUGGGCUGCUCGGGUAAGCAGUGUUUGAAAUAAGAAAGAACUGUGCUCCGCGAACAGUGCUAGCAGACCUCUGUUUGUGCCAUUGCAUGCUGACCUGUGUGGUGAAGCCUGUGCUCCAUCCUCUGUCACAGUACCUAAAAUGGACUGAGAUGUCAUUUAGGUAUUUAGACUCAAGGCAGCAAUUCAGACUAUCUGCUGUCCUGGAUUGCAGAUGCUAGAAUUGCCUAAAUGGAGCUGGGAUCUUUGUUUUGGGCAGAGAAUUUCCCUCUAUUCCUGAAGAGAUUUCCUGAGUGCUUUCUGUAAUGAACGGAGGUGCAGCUCUCUGGGGCACCUGUUUAAAGUGUAUUGUGCAUAGUCCCUGUUGGUUGGCCUGGAUGACUGGGUCAGCAGAGGUCCCCCAGUAUGCUCAGAAGUGUCGCAUGUUGAGCGCUACUGUGAUGCACCUGUGAGCAGGGAAGAGUCUACACUUCUGCUUGUUCAGCAAGGGGGCCUGAUUCACUCAGCGUGUUCAAGUCACGCCUGACAUGGACAAAGACAGCUUAGAUUUCAGUUCAAAAGACAAGUUGGGAAGUUGUUGUCUUGCCCAUCUGUUCAUCAUAACCUAGUUGCUAACAUGCUUACCCUGGAGGUGGCAAAGACAGCUUUUUACCCUCUUCUGGCUUAGGAGGGGGAGGACGAUCGCACUUGACUCUCACCUCUGCAGAAAAUGCCCUAACCGGUGGGCUCAGGGGUAUUCUUGAAGAUGCCACUUUCUGAGCCUCUUUUGAAAACUGCUACUGGAAGCUAAACAUGCAAGAUUAAGGGAUUAAAGAGAUUAAAGAAUGCCAACUGCAUAGGCGGUCUCUGAAACGGGGACUAGGACUCUUAGAGAAGCUUUUCCCACUGAGCUUCAGAUCCCCUCCCUCAUAUUAUUUCCUCUCUUUAGCACUGUUUCCAUAAAUGCAUAAAGAACGUUGAGAGCAAAAACCUCAGCACCACCCCUUACUGUGGGAGUUUUCUUCUAUCUGUCAAAGUCAAUGAGGAGCACGUAGCUUAAGACCAAUUGGGAGUAUUUCUCUCCCUCCCUCCCUCCCUCCCUCCAUCAUCCUUUUGGGUACUUGUUUGCUUUCACUAAGGUGCUCUGAAUACCUGGUUAUAGAUUUAUUAGUAAGCACUGCAUUUGCUAAAUUGAACAGUUAUGAAUUGCUUGAUUACGAGCUGAAUUUAGAUGAAGGAUUAUGAUUUAAAAUCAUAAUGCAGGCAGAACCAAUCCUGACUUGGUUGAAAUUAGAGGCAGAACCUCCAUCAGCUUCAGCAACUCAGGAUAAGGCACCGCAGUUCCAAUUCAGAGAAAGUAUGAUGAGCUCAGCCUUUUUGUUUAAUGGGACUUCAAGUGUGUGCUUAAAAGCUUUGCUUAGCUGGGUACACGAUGGAGCAGAUUGCACAGAGAGCAAGUAGGUUUUUAUUAUUAAGAAUCUCCAUGCCUUUAAAUACUUGCCGAACUAUCCAGAAAAAAAACACUGGAAUUUUUAUAGUUAGUUCUAUUUAUAAUGUACGAAUGGAUGAACUGUUUCAAAUAUAAUUGUUUGAAAAUGUUAUUUGAAGGUAUGUCACAUUUUAGAACUUACAGCCUUUCUGAUGUCUUUUGCAGUAAAAUCAGUGAGAAUUCUGAGGUAUCAGGUAAAUUUCAUAUUUUCUUAUACUUUUAAUUGAAAAGAGCAUAUAGCAGUAUUGUCACCAGCACUCUGAAACAAUAUGCGACUCUUGAUACCUGUUCUUGUAUACUACUUUUUAUUCUUCAAAAGCAUGUGUUUGUGAUGGCUGCUAGUCUCUAAGGUGACUUUUGUUUUUUAAAAUAUACAUUUUAACAUUCAGUCCAAUUUUUAAAUUACUAUCGUUUUUUUGCUAAGAAUGUCUAAUGCUAACGCUAGCAUUGAUCAGUAGCCCUACAGUUGAAAAAAACAACCACAAAAACAAAACAACCCACAGGUGCAAUGGCAAAAGUUGUUCUCCAAAGAGAUGUAUAUGUUUUAAUUUUUUAUAUAUAUCCAUGUUUCCAUUGAUUAUGAAAGUAGUGAAGCAAAAAGUAAUUUUAAAAGAUUUUAAGAUACCUUGAUAAUACUUUAAUAUUUUGGGGUCUUGUUAUAAUAGUAUGUGGUUCAAUUUCUUUUAAACUUAGUGUUUUUCUUGGCCUGCUGAAGGACAUCUCAGGCAAAGUGCAAUUGGCAUUUUUUGUGGCUGUUGGAAAGCAUUAUGACUUGGGAAUCCGCAUUCCAACAAUGUCCAGAUGCCAAUGUCUAACCUAAGAACAUCAUUGUAAUAAGUAUGCAUAAGGUCAGGGGAGUUCUCUGCAUGCUCCACAGAACGUGUAUUCUACAUAAGGUUUUACGUGAAGAUGUGAAAUGUAACCAAGUUACUAUUUAGUCUUGCCACAGAAUAUGGUGGGUAGAUAAGAGAAUAAUCUCAUUGUUGGUAAUAGCAAAGAAGGAUCAUCAUAAAUGUACUAUGAUAAAUUAUACAUAGACUUUACAUUACUGAUGCUUUUGUUUUCAAAUGCAAUUCACACUUCGGAAAAAUAUUGCCCUAAUUGCAGAGAUGAAGAGAGGAUAGAGUAUGAACACUGAAAAAGAAGUUACUUGACUCACCACAAUUCCCGAGUAUCCUGAGUAUUAAUUUCUCUUAAAAAAAAAAA